GUGUGUGCGCUACAUAAAUUUAUUUUUGUAUCUUAUAUAGUUCAAAUGCGCUUAAUUUUUGGGCAUAAGUGAAGCGACACGUUCCAAUGCCAAAGUGACAUUAAAUCAUAAAAUUCACAUGUCAUUUAAAUGCAAAUAAAGCAACGAAAAUGCAAAUAGCAUUAACUAUAUAUAAGCAAAAACAAUUGGCACUCAGCCAGCAAAUCAAAGUUUAAGCAACGACAUAUAAAAAAAAAAAGCUGCAAUGUCGAGCGCCAGCUUGCUGGAUGCGCUGUGCAGCGGCAGCGGCGCUCGCUUGGCGCUGGGCACAUCGGUUAUAAGCUACUUAAUCGCCUAUAAUGAAGCCGCUGCGCCUGGCUUAAUCUUUGCCACAAUUUUAGCCACCAUUUAUGGCCUUAUGGCAGCUCGUUGCAAGACCAGUCUGCGCAGUCUGCAGAUGCCGUAUGUGCGUGCCACAAAUAAAUUCGAUUAUGGCUGCCUCUUUAUGGCCAUCUGGCUGGAUGCCUUGGCUGUUAUGUGUGCCUGUGCGGCCUUGGCACGCACACUGAGCGCUUGUCUGGAUGCCAUGACUGGUGGGCUGGCGCGCAUUUUAAUAUUGGGUCGCAAUUCACCAGUUAACGAGCCUUGGCCGGAUGUUUUAGGUGUUGCUGUUGUCUUUUUGGUCACCGGCAUGUUUAUGCUUGGACUCGAGCACUCGAAAGCCUUCAGUUUCAUCAUGACACUUGGCAUGUUUGGCUUAAAUGCAAUACUAAGCGCUGUUGGCUGGUGGCGUGGCGAUUUUGUGGCCUUUACGCAGAACUACUUUCAACCCAAUGGCAUGAAUAGCUUUCUUUUAACUACUGCAUUGUUAACCUAUGUAUAUCCCAGUAUUUGGCCACAACAGCAUCGCAGCGGUCGCUUAACAGUGCUGCUAAUAACAGCCAUAGCCGCCGUCUCUUUGCUGCUCACAGCGCUCUGUCUAGCGACAGUGGUGCACUUUAAAACACGCGAGGAAUAUGUGGCCGUGCCGCUGUUUAAUAUACUGGAUGAGAGCGGCUUUCAUAAGCUGGUGCCCGCUGGCGCUUGCAUGUUGCUGUUAACCAGCUCUACAGCAUUUUUGGAGCUCUUUCCGGAGCUGUAUGGCAUUGUGGUGCGCUUGGCUACCUCCGAGUGGCGCAUACUCUCCAAGCAAAUAAGCUACGAAAGCUCGGACAGCGGCAAUCCAGUGCUGGCCGUCUUCAUAGCCGGCAGUCUGUGUGCCAUGUUAGCAUUCGCCUGUCCACUGCAGCAUUUGAGUUAUACGCUGGCUGCUAGUCACAUGUGUGCGGUGAUGCUGCGCGCUUUCUAUUUUACUCUACACGCCGUAUAACCAAAGUUUAAUGCAGCCCGCAGCAGUGGGGGGGGGGGGGGGGCGAGUCGACUUUCGUACAGUCGCUGUCACAGCAGCCUUUAGCUUUGGCUCGCCAGCAGCAGCUGCAGCAACAAUGGCAAUGCAAGUCGCCUAAAGCGCAGCUUGUGGAAUUUAAAGAAGAAGCCCAAGAGCAAGCAGCGCACCAAGCCGGAAGUGGAAAAGGAAUGGCUGCUGCUGGGUGAGCCCACAUCGCCUUGUCCACAGCGCGUUGCAGGCGAUGUGGAGUCCACUGUGCUGUCAGAUGCGGAGCCAGUGCCCUCUGACUUUGAGUUUGCCGACAAGUUUGACAAAAGCGAUUCGGACACCUCCACUGACAUUGAUGCCAUCGUCGAUGAGUACAGACAGAACAUUAAGGUCACCACGGCCGGACCCUUGGAGCGCAGCGUGCGUGUGCCCACUCUCAGCUCCUGGCGCGUCACCAUGUUUGCUCUCGUGGUCAUUGCCCUGGGCAUUGCGCUCUGCCUGGCCGGCUUGCUAAUGCAUUGGGCGCCCGCUGCGUUUACUGGCGCCAUUGGCGUCUUUAUUGUUGCUCUCAUGAUGGGCAUCAUACCCAAGUAUACGGGCAGUGUAAUCAAUGUAAGUCCAGUGCUUUGCGCGCUGCUUCUGCUGCUGAGCGUGAUUUGCUUCAGCGCUUGUGCUCAACACUCGUGGCCUGGACUCUUGAUCUGGCUGCUGGGUGGCCUCAUGCUCUUGAUACGCUGCGAUAAAUGGUGCUGCAACUGCUUUGAGCACACGAGCAUCUUGCAGGCACAGCUUAUACCCAGUGUAUCCGGCAAGACGGGCAGCGCCUUGCCCGUCUCCGCUUCCUCGAGCAGCAUACGGCUGCCGCGACCGCCCAAGGGCGUGGGCGUGGGCAUGGGCGUCAUUGGACUGCCGCAGCGCGUCAGCGGGCUGAGAUGACAUUCGGAGUCCUCCAGCGAGGAGGGCGAGGAACUGUUUCACGAGGAUUUCAAUGUGCGCGACUAUGAUGAGGAGCAUGAUGAGGGCGACUGCUGGACUGAUUAGCUUGCCUUAGUCUGUGUGCCUAAAACCGCAAAGUGCCGUCACUUAAACUUAGCUAGACUCUUAAGCAUACAAUUAGUUGAAGCGCAGCGCUUGCCUUGCUAGCCUUAGCCAUUAAUUAAACAAAUGUAUUAACUAUUUAGUGCUGUCCAUGCCCUUAGUUAGUUUACAAAUUUCAAAUAAAAUCUAUGCAACUCUUAAGCGGAGCCGA